AAGUGAUGUGCAAAUGCUGCGUCAGAGGCUGUCCUUCCAGUGCCAUAGAGAUUGUCUGUUCCAGUCUUCCAUCCGGCUUCAACUGGAUGUGCCUGGAGAUCUGAUCAAAAAUCACAAUGCGAAGUUGUCGUGUGAGGUCAAAGGCCAGCAGAGUAAUCAGUAAAGAGAGUGAGCUCAAACACCUUGAACUCAUCAUGGCUACCGGUCUUGUCGAGUUUCUCCUCAAUUUAAGACGAGGCCUUGUGAAAGAUGAAGAAAAUUCACCUGCACGUGGAGGUACUCGGGUUGGGGAAUCCUCUCGUGCGAGAAGGCGGAGAGAUGACACCUCAAUGCCGACGCCUUUGCAACGUGAACCGUGUAAAACUCGGCCUGCGUUUGAACUUUGCGCAAAGGGCAGCCAUGGAAAUUAUAUGGAAAGACUUCCUUCUGAGAUCAUCUUGAAGAUCUUUUCCUUUCUGGAUGCCUCCUCUCUGUUCAACAUCAGCUUUGUCAACAAGCGGUUUCAUGAUCUGGCCAACAGCAAUGCUCUGUGGUCUGUGUUGUAUGCUUCUGAGAUUGAAAAGAAAAUGUGGAGACCCCCAGUAAGCAUGAUGAAAGAAGCAGUGAGCAGCACAGUUGUGGAGGAGAAGCCUGCUGGAUACUGGAAGAAGCUGCUGCUCAAGGAGAUGGCCGGCUACAAGGACACCAUGUGGAAAACAGAGCUAAAACACAUGAACCCGCACACGGGCAUGCCAGCUCUGACGGAGCAUGUCCUCAGGAGGUUAGACAUUCAGUGGGAGAUCACCCUCACAAAUAGGAACGGACGGGAAAUUGUCUAUAAGCAGACGCACACUUUCUUUGAAGAUUCAUCGGUUACAGUGUGCUGGAACCAUGGUGUCUGGCCACUCAUGUACACUCUUAAUACCCUGCAGCUUCAUGGAAUAAUGUGUCCGGCUUCACCAGCUCCAGGAGACAAGCCAAGGUGGCGCUCUCUGAUUCGCAAGACGGCUUUGCAAAGAACAGGACGUUGGUCGUUCUUUGGUGCUGACAGGCUUGUGAAGGUGCUGCAGUUUGAUAAAGGGAUCAUCAUCGGGCUCUGGCGGGGCAAUUGGAAAAUUGCUUUCAUCAUGGUGAACCUGCACUUCCACAAACUGAUUGAAAGAAGUCUUCUCGGGUCAAGAUUUUGUCCCUACAUGCCUGCAGAUGACAGUGCUGUGGACCCUGACUGUAGCCGCCAUGGAUACACUCUGCACAUUGUGCUUCACAAUCCAGUUCGGCAAAUCCUGUGUCGGCGUUUUUCCCCACUGUACACCCGCAGAGUGAUGCCACAAAGGGAAUUUGUGCAGUUAAUCGCCAUUGAUUUCGCUAAUGUAUCCGAGCACGUGCCUGUGGCGAAGAUCAGUCUUCCAUGGCAAGCAGAGGGAUUGAAGGGAGAAGUUGAGCGGUGCUGCAUGAUGACUCUGACGGUGCUGGAUGAGGCUCAGCGUCCCUUCUGGUGUGCGAGUUCUACUGUAAAAAUGUACAGUAGACAAAGAGUGCUAGAGUUGGAGUACGAAGGUGAGCAGUUCAUCGUCCUUUACGAGGAUGCCGAGGGGAAGGUCAAAAUGACCUUCGUGUGGAUGGAGGAGGUUCAGCACUACUUUUUGGUGCAGUUAGUUACUAUCUUUCCAGCAGACAAAGUGCAAAGGCACUUUAGUGGAGAAUGUUGAAACCGUUGCGAUGCCUAGCUGGUUUAUGUUUAGAAAAGUUGCAAUGAUUCUGGCAGUGCUUUUAGUUGUAAAGAUUCAAAGGUGAUUUUUGGAAUACAUAUCAUUUUUCUAGCUUAUUUGUUUCUUGUUCAU